AUGGCAAUGUCCGAGUUGCUACAAAAUCGAAUAGUAAUGGAGAAGGUACAAACCGAAGUAAGACGAGCCUUUAAUGGGAAGAAACAUAUAGAAGAGGCAGGACUUGAUGAAUUAGAAUACUUCAAGCUAGGUAUCCAAGAAACUCUAAGGCUGCACCUACCUUCUCCACUCACAUUAAGAGAAAGUAGAGAGUGUUGCAAGAUUGAUGGAUAUGACAUCGCUGCGAAAACCAAAGUGAUAAUCAAUUUGUGGGCUAUUGGAAGGGAUCCAGAUUAUCGGAGUGACCCCGACAUGUUUGAACCGGAGAGGUUUGAUGUCUAUAACUAUAUGACAAGGGGUAUACUUGCUGCAUCAAGGAUGAUUUCUAUAAGGCAAUUUCUUGACCCAAAUAAUGAAAAUGAAAAAGAAGAGACAACAAUUAGCAAUCAGUGGAAAUCCGACCGAAAAACAACACAGUUUGUUGCUCGUCAUCACUUAGCUUGCCAUGCUCCGUAUCAGAACUUCUUGUUACCUUUGACCACCAAAGGAUUCUAG